UCGAGUACGGACUACGGAGUACCUCAGUAAGUACUUUAAAGUUUGAACUGCUUUUCGGCAGUACAGUAGUUUCGCGUUUCUUUAACCUUUCGCAAACUGUAUCCUGUAAUUACAGUUAGUAUAGAAUGGCCAAAAGCAAAUUUGAGUACGUAAAAAUGUUCGAGCUGGCGGACGCGAUGCUUCCAAGAUGUUGGCCAGUAGUUCGCGUCGACGGGAGGAGUUUUCACAGAUUUGCAGACGUGCAUAAAUUUCACAAGCCAAACGAUGAUCGCUCGUUGAAUUUGAUGUCGUGUGCGGCUUCUCAUGUCAUGAGAGGUUUCAAAGAUGUGGUGCUGGCGUAUGGACAGAGCGAUGAAUACAGUUUCGUCUUUCAUAAAGAUUGCAAUUUAUAUAAUCGCCGCGAAAGCAAGAUACUUUCGACGGUCCUUUCCUUAUUCACGAGCCGAUUCGUGUUCCAUUGGCCGGAAUUUUUUCCCACCAUUCCCUUACAAUAUCCUCCAUCUUUCGAUGCACGUAUCGUGCUGUAUCCGUCUCGUCGGAUCCUGCGGGAUUACCUUUCAUGGCGACAAGCGGAUUGCCACAUUAAUAACCUGUACAAUACAGUCUUUUGGGCUCUGGUCCAGCAAGGUGGAAUGACGCCGGCAGAAGCUCAACUGAGACUCAAGGGAACGCUGGCGGGGGAUAAAAACGAGAUACUAUUUUCACAAUUUGGGAUUAAUUACAAUAAUCUUCCUCAGUUGUAUCGUAAAGGCAGUGUUUUAAUUCGCCGUGAAUGCUCUCCUGUGGUAGAUGGGGGAGGUGAUCUCUCAAACGAAAAUCUUGCUGUUUCCGAUGUACAAGGUUUAAACGUAGAUAUUAUCGGUGAAGAUUUUUGGAAGGAACAUCCACAAAUUUUGGGUGACGAUGACAAUAAUUAAAUGCCUUCCAUUCCCUCGUGGUUUUUGAUAU